AUGGCUUUACUGCGACUCGGUCAUCAAGUCCGCUCUCUUUUCGCUUCAUCAAGACCACCAGCACUCGUCUAUAACACCUCUAUACCUCUUGCAAUCACCCCUCCUCCCAACAACAACACCACUCUCAUAAGCAGCUCGACACAUACCUACAAUUACGACAUGACCACCGGGGUUGCUGCAAUGGGUGGCGACAUGCCGCCCCUGUUAUCAUUACCAAUGAAACGAAGCGACUCGAUGCAAUGGGCACUCGCACUCUUGCGUUACAUUGAGAAUGCCUACGCCGAAGACACUGCCAAAUAUGAACCAGAUGCCCAUGCACUUGAUGAACUACGCCAAGCUUGCUGCUUCAGUAAUGACCUUCAACAACCUGUCGAACCCACGCUUGCAGGUCUCGACCAACUCUUCACGUACUACUCCCAAGUGGUAUUUGUAUGCACUCGUUUCCCGGUGGAUGUAGGGCUUGAGUUUCCGUGGCACCCUGUGUUUCAGAACAAUUCCAAACCAGCACCAUUGAGCAACCUCAAUUAUGAGAAGGCCUGUGUCUUAUUCUGUAUUGGAGCCAUGUACAGUCAACUUGGAUGCAGAGAGAGUCGAAUAUCAACCGAUGGGAUACGCAAAUCAUGCAACUUUUUUCAACAUGCUGCUGGAUGCUUCAAGUAUAUCGACAAGGAGAUCAUCAGUGACUUUCGUGGAACUCCACCUCUUGAUAUCAGCUCAACCAGUCUACGUGCUUUGGUAUCAUUGAUGUUGGCACAAGCUCAAGAAUGUAUUUGGCAAAAAGCUAUGAUGGAGCAUAUGAAACCAGGCACUAUUGCACGAUUGGCGCUCAAGGUGGCAGAAUACUAUGAAUCGGCAUUGACAGAGCAUAAGCACGAUGGCGGUGGUGCUACGACGACAUCGAUUUUCACCAAUCAAUGGCAAACUUAUAUGCAGCUUAAAACGGCCUACUUUAAUGCUGUGGCACAGUAUCACAAAGCAAAUGAAUGCAUUUCACAAGGUCGAUAUGGCGAGGAGAUUGGACGUCUACGAUUAGCCGAGAUGCAUAAUCGCAAAGCACUGGAUUGCAUUGUUGGAUCAUUGGGUGGUGGAUUAUUCUUUGGCAGUAACACGAAUGGACUUGUGCAUGAAUCUUUCACCAAGAACGUGCGUGCAUUGGAAGAAUCGAUCGAACGUGAUUUGAUACGAGCAGAAAGAGACAAUGAUCUUGUAUACCUGGAACCCGUACCGGAUGCCACACAAUUGCCACCCAUCUUACGUUCUGAUAUGGUCAAACCAAUGAUACCCACAGGCGUCGUAGAUCCUGCUCAACGAUGGUCCACAUCGCAUGAACGUCCCAUGUUUGAAAAACUCGUGCCAUUCGCCGUACAUCAAGCAGCAAGUGUCUAUUCAGAUCGCAAGGAUUUUAUUAUCUCCAAUAGCAUUUGUGCUCCAUGCACCGAUGUCCAAGAAGAAUAUCAAAGAUUCUGUGAGCAAUUAAAGUUGCCUGCAUGCAUUGAUGUUGUGGAUCCAGAAACGGUGCCUGCAACACUUACUGCCUGUGCUGAAGAGGUGCAACAUGAAGGCGGUGGCCAAGCGAUACGUGACAUGCUCAACAAGGUGCAGCAAAUGUCCAUCAAAAACAUGCAGCUUGUGGAUGAUGGUUUCAACUUGCUUGAGGAAGAUAAUGAACAAGAUGAGAUCUUCAGGAGGCAAUACGGCAAUUUAUGGAAUCGACCUCCUUCUCAACAAUUGACUUCGACGCUUUUAUCACAAGGAUCCAAAUAUCAUGAUACAUUGCAAGCUGCUCAAAAGGCGGAUCGAAUUGUGCGUGCCAAAGUCAACAAUUGGGGCAAGGCUAUCGAUAUGCUUUCACAACCCGUGGCUGAGAUUAUCGCCAAUCUACCAACGGUGCGAGAUGAUUCUCAAUUUGAGCAGCUGGAUGAUAUUAUGCGACGACUACGUGGAUUGAUUCAUGAAGCUGAGGAAUGUGAGACGCGACAAAAGCGUGUCAUGGAAGAAGCGCAAUCGAUGGGUGCAGCAGAUGAUAUCUCGGAUGCAUUACUAGCCAAGGCUGCUGAAUUGACGGGUGGAUCAAGCGUGGUCAAAAUUGAACCUGAACAAUUCAAUCAAGUAUUCGAAGAAGAGCUCAAAAAGUAUGAUGGAUUACAAACCAGAGUCCAAGAAAGUUGUCACGAACAUGAACGCUUGAUGGCUCGAUUACAUGAAUUGCAUGAACACUUUCAGUUGGCGGUGCGAAACAAUCAUCAGCCAAUGGCCACCAAACGUGAAAAGGCGAUCCAGAACCUUGAACAAGCUUUUGUCAAAUUCAAAGAGAUUCGUACCAACCUCGUUGAAGGCAUCAAGUUUUAUUCCCAAUACAUCGAUACACUUACCAAGUUUCGAGAUGCAUGCGCUGACUUUGCUCUUGCAAGGCGUAUGGAGGCUUCAGAAUUGGCAAGGUAUUAUUAUUAUUGA